GUACUCGUCGCCUUUCUCUCUCGCAUCAUUUCAAGGGGCAAAACCGUCCCAGUUCUUCGAAGGACUAUAUCUCCGCAUAUAUAGGCGCAACAGUUUACGUGGAAUUCUCCUUCCGAACCCACUUUUCACAUUGCUUUUCUAAACAACUGCCUUUAAGGCUGAAAUAUGGCGCACGGUCAGGAGGAUUGCGCCUCCGUGCUAGAACAGUUUGUUCAUGAUGUGGCGAACUUACCAGCGGAGAUCAAUCAUUUGAUGGAGGAAAUACAAGCAAAGGACAAGAUCAUUCAAGAUUGUCGCGUUAUGAUCAACUCUCGCGAUUCCAGUUUACAGAAGUUCAUCAAGCUCAACGGGAGUCUGACGCCCAACCCGAAGGAAGAGCAGUACUCGAAGAUCAUACUACAAAAUUUGGAUCGGUCCCAGCAGCUACAGGAUGAAAAAAUCCAGCUGAGUGAAAAGGCAUGCAUUCUCUUGGACAGGCAAAUAAAGAAGCUGGAUAUCAAGAUUCGCGAUUUGCAGACUGAUGGUGUACUUUCGAAUGACCCUCCUCUUCCAUCCCUCUUCAACAAUAAGGAUCAAUAUCGCGACCCCCCAAAAAUCUUCUUUCCUGAAUCAUCCACCGAAUCCCCCACGUACAACUCUCCUCUGAACACCACGUCAGGCAAUGCGAAUAUCGUCCUAGCUGCUACUCAACGACUAAACCAAUCUCUUAAUCGAUCAACGACGGGAACCGGUGUAGCAUCGGGGAAUGCUGCACGCAGCUCUGCCCCCGCCACUCCUGCGUCUGCUACCGCACAUUUUCAACAGCGACAGAGGGAAUCAUCGGCAGGGGCAGUGGAAAAUAAACGACGACGUCUCAACGCCUCCCUAGGAACGCUGCCCGCAGCCUCUUCAAAUCUCCGGCAGUCUUCACUGGGACCCGGAACACCUAAAGCUGGAACUCCAGCUUCAAGCCGUGCCGGAAGUGCUGGCCCACGUUCAGCAGUAGUCACGAAGAAAGCCCUAACGAAGAAAGUCGCACCCCAUCAACAAUUGAAAAAGAUCAAAUCUACUUUGGGCGCUAGUGGGAAACCCACUAAGCGGUCGUCCAGCACGAGUGGCCGUCUCAAGGCGGGAAGCCAGAAGAAGUCUCCGUCUGCCGCUGGUGGUGAUGAAGAAGAAGAUGACUCCAUGCUCAGCAGUGCGGACAUUUCAGACUCCGAAAAUGCUAGCGAGACUCGCCGCGGGGAUGACGAUAUGGAUGAGGACGAUGAAGAUGAGGGCAACGAGGACACUAAGGUCUACUGUACAUGUCGCACCGUCAGCCACGGUGACAUGGUUGCUUGCGAUAACGAAAACUGCAAAUUUGAAUGGUUCCACUGGAAGUGUGUGGGCUUAACUCGGGAACCGGUAGGGAAAUGGUACUGUCCUGAAUGUUCUGCCGCCAAGGCGUCCGAAUGAUUGUCUCGAAUCUUUUUAUGACCAACUUGUACGAUAUGACAUGACAUUGCUUUCUUUAGCGUGUACGUUUUAGUGGUAGUCUACCAAAUAUACUCAGUUAAUAUGAUAUAACUUGGA